AUGGCAUCGGCCUCACGUCCAAGGUGCGACGAGUUCGAGAUUGCGAUAUUCACCGUCUUAAAGGUCGAGCGCGACGCCAUCGAAGCGGCUUUGGACGAAGAGUAUGAAUGCGACGGCUUCGUCUACAGCCGGGCACCCAGCGAUGUUAAUACCUAUACUGUCGGACGGCUUGGUUGCCACCAUGUCGUAUUGGUGUACCUCCCCAGGAUGGGUAGCAUGGACUCUGCCCCGGCUGCCGCAAGUAUGAAGGCCACGUUCCCUGGCAUCAAGCUCGCCCUGGUGGUCGGAGUAUGCGGUGUGAAUCCCCAUUUAAAGGACGAAGAUGGACAUGAAGUUCUCUUGGGCGAUGUCCUGAUCAGCACUGCUGUCGUGAUGGUAAACUCCGAGCAACGAUACCCAGGUCGGUUGACCGUCUGGACAGAGAUUGAGGACGUGCUCGGUCGUGCACCAACAAUGAUUCGCGCUUUCUUGCAAAAGCUCCAGGGAGUGAAGACACAUGGAAGGCUCAAAAACAAAACCACGCGGUACGCCAAUGCUAUUGUGAUGGGUCUGGGCGGCCGUGGUGCAUAUCCGCGGACAAACCAGGACAAGCUGUUCCCCACACAGUACCGACAUAAACACCAGGAUCCUGAAAAGUGUUCCAUUUGCGCACGAUGCACGGUGCCACUUCACAGAGUCUGUGACAACGCUCUGGUCAGUUCUUGUGGGAGUUUGGGUUGCGAUGAUGGGUGCCUGGUACGCCGAAAACGUCUUGAAGAUGGCAAAAGACUUAGACUCGCCGCAUUUUCGUCAAAUGGUGCCACAGGUACAGGUGAUCCUUUGCAGCCUUGUAUCUGGUUUGGGCGAUUUUCAUGCUCCGAGUUCGUGUUGAAGAGUGGGAUCCACCGUGAUCAGGUUGCGCGAGAAAACAAAAUCAUCGCCUUCGAGAUGGAAGGAGCAGGCACCUGGGAUAACUUGCCCACUAUUAUCAUCAAAGGUGCCUGUGAUUAUGCAGAUAGCCACAAGAACAAAAUAUGGCAGCCCUACGCCGCAACUACCGCUGCAGCGUGCGCAAAGGCAGUUGUGGAAGAAUGGAGGACAUCCCAGCUGCAGCCUGGGUGUCGCACGGGAGUCUUCACAACUUGA